GGGGACAUACGAGUCGGAAAAUGACGAAUUUUUAAUUUUUUUUUCGAUUUUUUUUUCUUUCAGAUUUUGAAAAUUUAACCUUUUUUUUAUAUGAAUCAUAUUAUAUUUUAGCAUAAAAAUGUUUGUAAAUAUGUGUAUUUUGACUUUGAACAUGUACACCUUUUGGUGAUUAUUUACAAAUUAUCGAAAUUUAUCAAUGUUUACACCUUGGAUACGAUAUUACCAAUCUAACAAAGCUAGGACCAUGAUACAUCAAAAGAAAGGUCACGAUCCGAUUUAUAUGUUUAUCUGGGGUUCAAACUAAUGGAUUUAUAUGUUUUUUUGUAAUUCGUAUUUUUCCGAGCUAUAUAAUCUACGGAAACUUCCUUAUAUGGCACAUCGGCAAAACUCGGAAAAAAUCGACUAAUCAGAAUGUGCCGUUUCAUCCGGAAAAGGCGUUUCAAAAUGGCCGACAGCGUAAACACAUUCUUGUAGUGAAAGUCAAUGAAAGCCUUGCACAAGACAGUUUCAGUUGUUUGGUAUUUGUAAACAUCAAAGAAAAUAUCUUUUACAUUAAAAUGCCUCGACCAAAGGGACGAAGAAUGCUAGAGAAGCUCAAUAAAGCCAGAAAUGUUAUGCUAUCUGACAAGCUGCGUGGAAAUUCCUCUAGGUCUAGGUCUAGUUUAGAUCCAGCAUCAGAAGGACAACGUGGUGCAUCCAGAUCGAAAUUAGACCGUCUUUCAAUAAAUACUGAUGUUCCAAGUGAUCUAGAUCUACAAGAAACAGAGCAAUUAUGGACUAUUGCUAAUACUAAUCAGCUUACUGAUUUGAUGUCGGAUGCAUUAUGCCCUAAUUGUUUUCAGUCAAGUUUGACUAUUAGAGUUAUAAAAGAUGAAAACAUGGGGUUCGCAUCAAAGUUGAAGUUAUGUUGUAGAUCUAGUAGUUGUGGAUAUACUAAAUCAAAGUUUUCAUCUCCAAGAAUACAAAAAAGUAACUGUUCAAAUGUUGCAUUUGAAAUAAACACCAAGAUGGUUUUAUACAGCCAUGAGAUAGGAAAGGGUUUCACUUCGCUGCAGACAUUUAGCAGCGUCCUAGGAAUUUCUGGAAUCAGCCAGAGAGCCUUUAAAGACCAUGAUAAUAAAAUCACAGACUGUGAAGUGGAAUCUGGGGAAGACAUGCUCUACCGCACAGCCAACGCCAUACGUCAAGCUUAUGCAGAGACGGAUGAUGACAUUAGGGAAGCCAUUGAACGAGGAGAAAACCCUUUGAUUGACAUUUCAGUCAGUUAUGAUGGGACCUGGCAAAAGCGAGGCUUUACAUCGCUUUAUGGUGUAGGUGUCUGCAUCGAUUUACUAACAGGUCUUGUUGUCGACUUCGAUAUUAGAUCUAAGUACUGCCAUGCAUGCCACAUACAGAAAGCUGAGAGCAUGAACGCAACUGACCUCGCAGUUUGGAAAGAACAGCAUGAUUGCUGUACUAAUCACCACAAAUCCAGCAAGUCUAUGGAACAGGACAGUGCUGUAAUUCUGUGGAAUCGUUCUGUGGCAAAAUAUAAUUUUAGAUAUGUGGAGAUGCUGAGUGAUGGAGAUUCUUGUGCUUUUAAAGCUGUGCUUGAGUCUAAGCCAUAUGCUGAUAAAGCUGUUACUAAACUUGACUGUAUCAAUCAUGCCCAUAAACGUAUGGGGACAGCGCUUCGAAAACUUGCCAAAGAAAGCCAUCUUGGUGGCAGAGGAGUUGGCAGGUUAACAGAAAAAAAAUGUGACAGUUUGCAAAAUUUUUAUCGUGGUGCUAUAAUAGACAAUAUUCCAGAUGUGUCCAAAAUGAGGAAUGCUGUUUGGGCAGGAUUAUACCACUCCAUGUCUACAGAUACUGAACACCAUCAUCGACAAUGUCCAUUAGGAGAAAAUAGUUGGUGCUGGUACCAACAAGCGAUUUCGUUGGGACAAGACCCUGACAGCCACUCUAAUCAUAAGGCAUCAACAUUUUUGUCUCUAGAGGUGGCUCACAAGCUAAUUCCAAUUUAUCGAAGAAUGUCAGAUGAGUCCUUGCUUCAACGAAUGGCUCAUGGUGGUACUCAAAACAACAACGAAAGCCUUAAUGCUAUGAUUUGGACGAGAUGUCCUAAAACAAGUUUCAUGGGACUUGGCAGAGUGAAAGGCAGUGUUGCUAGAGCUGUGUCAAUAUUUAAUGCUGGCGCCAAUGAAUUAAUUAACGUGAUGAAUAAGAUGCAUAUUGAUGUUUCUUAUGUAACAUUAAAUAAUUUAAAAAAGGUCAAUGAUAAAAGAAUUAUUCAGUCUGACACUACUAGCCAAGAGGAUUAUAGAAAAAGAAGAAAGACUGUUUCUUUAACACGGUUUGAAAAAGUCAGAGAGGAAUUGGCCAAAGAUGGGAAUGUAUAUGGUGCUGGUGCUCAUUAGCAAUACUACUGUCAAUAUUUUUUUGUAUUAUAUAAUUUUUUUUGUUUUUAUUCAUUAUUGUUAGAGCAUAUUGACAGUUUAGUUGCUGUUUUAAUUAUUUGAAACAAAAAUGUAAUAACUAAUUUGUAGCAAAAUUUAAACAACACCAUCUGAUUAUGUUUAUGUAAAUAAUAUAGAUCAACAAACUUUUUCAAAUAUAUUAUGAUACCUUAAUUCAAGAGAAAAUGUUAGCAAGUUUUAUCUAAACUGACAAUUAUAUAUAUGCUAUCUAAAGAACUCCCUAGAUGAAUAGUAGAGAUAUAACAGAACUACUGAACAGUUAUCAUGAGUUUCAGAUUUUGAGUUAGCGCUUUUUUCUUAUUUGACAUUGUUAUAUAUAUGACUGUCACUGAGUGAUUUUAUAUAGUAUGCAUGUGGCUGUAGUUAUCAAUGUAGGCGUGGUGGUGACAUUGGGUUCUUGUUACAAAUCACUGAAUAAUGAAAUGACGCUGGGUGUAGCAGAUACAAUAAGUUUAAUAUAACACCACAUAGUGAAUACACCAUACAAUUCGACCCAGGAAUGGUCAGUAUUAAUCCAACAGUAAUAUACGAAUAUCACAACUUAGUACUUAUUCUAUAACCAACUACUUUAAACAUCUAACUCUACUGCUUAUAUAUUAAGUGACUCAAUACAAGUGCUUGCUACCAGAUCUCUACGUGGACUGAGUGCCUUUAACUCUCUGGUUCACCUAAGGUCAAAAGUGUUCACCUUAGUGCCACAUGGGUUGUGAAUAAGAUUCACAAUAUGGAAUUAACAUACACAAUACAGAAUUAGGGUUUCUACUCUAUGGCACCAACUUUGAGGUGGUGACAUUACCUAUCACCCCCCUUUUGAAAAAAAUUUUGAAGAAAUUUUUUUUAGCUUGACGACAUAAUUAUCAUAAGUAGGAUCAAUUGGAAUUCUUGGGGUCUAUGAAAUGUACAAUUGCAGAGUUCAAAUAGAACUACAAACUUGCAAUAAAAUAUAUAAUAUGACAGUGUUACACAAAAUAUUUGCUGAAUCAAAAAAAAAUUCAUACAAGGGCAAAAUUCUCUAAUUCAUCAUAUUCUUGUAAGGCAAUUCAAAUAAUUCUCUGAGUCAAAUACUUAACAUCCCAAGUAAUUCUUUACAUGUAGUUCUAAUAUAUACAUCAAUAUUCAAAUGUGUUCAAUAUUUACAAGUCUUUUUCAUAAUAAUAUGUGCAAAGUGUGACGAAAAUUUCAAUGACAAUCUCCUAUGUCACAAUGUGAAAAAUUAAUACAAGUUUUUAAUCACAAUAUCUAUUUAUAAAAAAAUCUUUGACACUAUAGAAAUGUUAGAAGUCUGGUUUUUUUUUUAACACCAAUAGUACAAUAUGUACAAAUCAUGUAGAAAAUGUUACAAGUAAGUCUCAAUAUGUAAGUGAUAAGUAUAGAAAAAUUCAAAAUAUGUGUCAAAAUUCAAGAUCAAAUUGAUUAAUGAUCAUUGUUACAAAUUCAAUGUAUCUGUUUACUUCAAUAUGAGGUUUGACAUCUCCAUAAAAAAUUGUUGUGCAUUAAUAUUACACAAGUAAAUAUGUAUAAUUCAAGUAUCAAAAUAUUUGCUCAAAAGUAUGAACAUCAAAUCAAAGUAAUAAGUAUCCCUCAUAGUGCUUGUUACAUGCACCUUAUGUUUCAAUUAAGUAUUUCUCCAUAUGACAGUUCAAAUAAUUUGUAGCUAGUAAUGGCAAAAGUUUAAUGUUACAUUGUUUAUCAAAUAAUUAUUGAGUACAAAGUUCAAAAAAAUCUUUGUCGAAAAACUUCAACUGAGAAAAUGUGUCAGUUGUGAUACAAUCUUUGAGUUUACAUUAAUUUGUUCAAGCAUAUAUAUACAAGCAUAACAUCCUACUAGUUUAGUUGUAUUCAUUUUAAUCUGUUGUGAAAAAAUGUGUAAGUCCAAUUUAAAAGAAUAAUAUCAAGUGUCUCUUUCAGCACUUGAAAUAUCAAAAAGUUUGUACAACAAUCUUCUUGUUUACAUCAAUGAUUGUUACAAAAAUAUAGUCCAUAAGAAUAGUUUGACAAAAAUGUUUUCAAAAAAAUACAAGUGUAUGUCAAUAUUUCAUUACACUAAUUGACAUUGAAUAAAUAAGUUACAUUAUGAAUCAAUCUCCUUUUUCAAUAGUAUUGAAAAAUAUGACUAAGUUAUAUAAUUGUGAUAAAUGACAUAGUAAAAAAAUUCCAAUCUUGUUUACAAUAGCUGUAGAAAAAAAAAUAUUGUCACAGUUGUUCUCAAUACAAUGAGAAAAAAUAAUGUUUACAUUGUAUGGAAAAAAUUAAGCUAGGUACUGAAUAAGUUUGGAAAAAAUUCAAUAUUUGUUUACAUUGUUGAGUACAAAAAUGUUAUUCUUGUUGACAAAAGAAUGUGAAAAAAAUGUAGGUUACAAUGAAGUAAUCAAAUUCCAAAGUUUGUUUACAAAUAGAGUUUUUAAAAAAAUGAAGUCUUAGUUCUAGUUUAAUGUUUAAAAAUAGUACUCAGUGUUUACAAAAUAAUGCUCAAUGUUUACAACAUAAUGCUCAAUGUUUACCAGAUGCGAUGUAUUAAGUCAACAACACUGAUAUUAAUUGUGAGUCCCUUAAUUGGUGUUCCAUAUAUUUUAUGUAAUAACUCUUUGUAAUGGCCAAAGUUUUUUAUUUGUACCCACAUUGACUCUCCAAGUUCUGGAUGUUUCCAAACUUUUUUAUAUCCAAAAUCACAAGUUAUAUCUUGUACUAUUUGAAAAAUUUCUUUCUGAAAAUCAGAAUCAGACAGGUCAUAAAACCAUAUUGUUUUAUGUAUUACUGACUUUUGAUGCACUUUAACUUUUGGAUAAGAUCCAAUAAUUACUGGACUGAUAGUAUUUUCAAGUACUACAACUUUUAUUUUCCCUUUUAUAAAUGGUGAUUUGAUUUCAGCAAUGGCAGUUUUACAUUCUAUCUUUCUAGAGUUUGGUAAGGUUACAAUGGCUAUAUCAUUUAAAUAAUCUUCUUUUUCUACUAAAUUGGGCUCUACAAAAGUGAUUGUGGAUUCUUCAUCAACUAUGCAUACAACAUCCUGAUAAUUGACUUCUAGAUCAUAUACUUCUAUCUGUUUGCUGUUUUUAAAUGUCAAGGCUAAUAUUUCUUCUGUUAUUAUUACUUUAGGUGAGCUAGUGUUAAUGUCAUUUUGUAUUUCUUGUUUUUCAGCUUUAUCUUUAUCAUCUAUUUGUAUUUCAUCUGUUUGUAUUUUACUAUCAUUUGUUUGUGUGUUAAUUGUUUGGCAAUCUUUAUUUAGUUUAGAUGCUUCUGUUAGCAAAUGAGUUUGACAUUCUACAUCUAUUUUAUUUGUAUUUGUAAUUGACUGUUUAGUUGCUUCAUGUAUACUGACAUUGUUGUAAUCAUGUGAAUUAGUAGUUGAUGCUAACUCAAUGUUUUCUUGAUUCACACUAUUAGCCCAUUUUACUAAGGCUUCUUCUGACAGUUCAACUAUAUUCUCUAUGUUCCCUAUAAUUAGUUCUUCAGCUGGGUUGUUCAUUACUAUGGCUUUGUAUUGACCAGUGAACCAUGGUGAUUCAAUGAAAACUAAUGCUGUUUCACAUACUUCCCAUAAGUCUUUAUUUGCAUAAGUCAGUGUGACCUUGUCUUUUAGGAUCUGUUCAGGUUUUACUAGUGAUUUCUUUAUAAUGAUUGAGGUGCAGCCGCUGUCACGUAAUGCAUAUACCUUAAUGCCAUCCACAUAGGCAGGAUACACUUUUAAUUUGGCUACCUUUGUCUGUAUAUAUGCUACUGUUUCAUAUUCUAUUGGUGUUUCAGUUGCUACAGCUGCUAUGUUUUGUCUGGUAUGAUUGUUAUUGUGGUAAGUAUGUUGUCUAUCUUGAAAUUGAUCUCUUCUAGACAUUCUGUUGUUUUGCCAUCUUCUGUUUGUUUGAUGUGAUCUACUGUUAGUUGGACUGUAGCUUUGCCAUGUUCUUCUGUUAUAUUGUUGUUGAUAGGAUCUAUUGUAGUUAGGACUGAAGCUCUGGAAAGUUCUGUUAUCUCUUCCAUAUUUAUGGUUUCUAUUUACAUAUUGCUGUUUUUCUGAUGCCAUUCUCUUUCUGCACUCUGCUUUGGUGUGACCCAAUAUGCCACAGAAAAAACAUUGUAUGCUCUUGGCAUAUUUAAAUUUAUUUGUAGUUCUUGGAUGGUUUUCUGUCACUGUUGCAGCUACAUUGUACAAUUCCCUUUUGUCAAUGGUGAUGUUUGGGUGGGAGUCCUUGUAUGUUGUUAAGUUUGAUAUCAAUUCAGCUUCAUUUUUUAUUUUUCUCUCCUUCAGGAAUGAGAAUGCUGCAUCUGUAACAUUAAUUAGCACAUUCUCAAUGAGAAAGAAAUCUAAUAUCUGUUUGGGGUCAUCUAAGUUGCAGUUUGCGAGUUGUAGCCACUUUGUCAUGUUCUGGCGCAUGUCAUGUAUUGUUCUUUUUAAAUCUGUAUUCUUUGCUAGUUUUAUUUCCCUAAAAAGUUUUCGAUAGUGCUCCUCCGUUUUGCCAAAAUGCUCAAUUAGUCUUUGUUUUACUGUGUUGUAGUCUUUUCUUUGCUCCAUAGUUAGUGUGUCGAUGAUGUUUAGUGGUUCACCUCUUAGGUUAGCUAGAAGUUGUUGAGCCAUUUGUGCACUAUUCAUAUUUGCUGUUUGACAGAUGUAUUCAAAUUGAAUAAUGAAAUUUUCCAAUGUGUCUUCUUUUGGGUCGAAGUUCCUAAAUUUGCUAUGAUACUGAUGAUGAGAUGAAGUUUGACUUGCUGAAUUGUCUUUAUUUUCUUUUGCUAGCUUGGCCAUUUUUUCUUCAUGUUCUUUUAAUUUUAUUUCAUGCUGGCGUUCUUUUUCUUUCUCUACGUUUUCUUGUUCUUUCUCUCUCAGUCUUCUUUCAUGUAGCCUCUCUUCCCGUUGCUUGUCUUUUUCUAAUCUAAUUCUAUCUAUUUCAAUUUUGAUGAAUGCCGCUCUAUCAUCUUCUUUUAACUUUAGUUUAUCCACUAUCUCUAUUAGUUUUUCAUACUCAGCCAUUUUCAAAGAUUCAAAUUAGUAAUAUAGUUAAUUAAUAGAUAUGUGUACUAGAUAUUUGUAAAUGAAGUAUUGUACAAUAAAUACUUAUUAUUGCUCAAAUAGUAAUUACAGGUAAUAGUAGAUAUAUAUUUUGUGUGAAACAAUUGAGGUUAUGAGGUAUCUUAAGUUAUUCUUGGUACUUUGUCUAGUUCAUAAUGUAAUACUUUACUGAUCAAUUAUGUGAUUAUGUAUUUUUAGUAUCUCCACUUGCAAUGUAAAAAUUGAUUGCAACAAAUAAUUCACAAUUAUAUGAGCCUUAUUAGUCUGGUAAAUAGUGAUCAAUGUAUCAAUAGUAUCAAAAUAGUUGAAUGUGUUUGAAGAGUAUAUACAAUAUAAAUCUUGUCAAUCUCAAAUCAAAAUAUAUCCCAUAGUGUAUCAAGUGUGUAGUGUAGUGUUGAUAAUAAAAAAUAGGUUGAAAUAAGAAGUAAAAUAAAUAUAUAUAUUAAUAAGUAAUUAGACAAACAUAAAAACACUAUAGAUACUAAACAGUCUGCUUUAAAGAGACAUUACAAGAUAGUAGAAAUAGUAGACAAAAGAAUUACAAUGAGAAAUAACUAUGACGCAAAAGAAAAUUCAACAGAUGUAAACAAGACAAUAUCAAUACAAGAGUUUAACAAUAUGAUAGAUACUUGACGAAAUACAAACUUAACUAAUACAGCUAUACGAUCAAGUAUUUACUUUAUCUAAAAGAGUCCCUACCAAUACCUGGAUGCUUACUUGAAAAAAAAUAUAAAUGCUCAGACUCUAUAGAUAAUUAAAUUUAGUCCCUAAAGUCAAAUGUAUAUAUAAAUACAAAUGUAAACAAUGAAAAAAAAUUGUGGUGUAGUUCAAGAGAACUAAUCAAUACUCAUUAAUACUAAAGGGUAAUUAAAGUUACUUCCCUUAAAUAUUCACUUGAUGCUUGACUUGUACAUAAAGUUCCGGUGAUGCUCCACAUAAAAUAUGUCCACGGUACAGUUCAUAUGUAAUCCACUUUCUAAAUCCGCAGCACAACGGUACAGUUCAUAAGUAAUCCACUUGUUAAAUCCACAGCACAAUAGUACAGUUCAUAAGUAAUCCACUUGUUAAAUCCACAGUACAAUGUUACAGUUCAUAAGUAAUCCACUUGUUAAAUCCACAGUACAAUGUUACAUUUCAUAAGUAAUCCACUUGUUAAAUCCACAGUACAAUGUUACAGUUCAUAAGUAAUCCAAUAAAUACUUCAUAUGUUUGACAGAUAAUCCAUUAAACAAUUCAUAUAGUUGACAAGUAAUCCAAUAAAUAAUUCAUGUGCUUGAUAGGUAAUCCACUGUUUCGUACAGUUGCUGAAACAAAUAUAAAUAACUAAAAAUGACCUUAAGUAGUGACGACAAGAGAGGUCUAAGAGUAAGAGCGCUCUCUUAUUAAAUGUGCUGUUAGACAGCGACAAUAGGAGUGUGUCAUUAGAAUUAUGACGAGCACUCGAUGUAGAUGAUUCUUGAAUAUGUCAGCUACUUCGACUGACCAUAUAUCAGCUGUCUUCAAACGAUGACUUGAAUGACUUGUAGUACUAGAUUUUCACCCACACCGGUUGUAAUAUCACGGUUGUCUAGUUUCACCCACAAAGGCUGUAGUAUCCAGGUUGUCUCAGCGUAUCAUGUUUGAUCUCUUUAGCUUAGGAUGUUAAAAAGUAACUUUGAACAAUGCUGUGCUCCUAAAGCUAUCUCAACUGGUGUAAAAGUACAACCACAUAAAUCAGGCUUCCAGAUAAAUGACACUUAGGACAGUAGUCAACUGGAAAAGUUGAAAAUACAGCUCACACAGGAACAGUUCAAAUUGUUCAUUUCAUCACAGAUGAAAAAAUAGCUCGCUAACGGUAACUGUGUCGUGGCAGGUCAACAUGACAUGUAGUAGUAGAUCUAGAUACCAAGUGUGUAGUCAAAAAAAUUUAAUAAAUUCUGGAUUCGUUGUAAUUCAUGUAGAGUUCAAUCUUGAAGUACAAGUUAAAAUAGUAGGCACAGUUAACUUUCAAUUUCAGCUCUGUUUUCUGUUAGUAGUGUUAGACUAGCUGAAGAUAAUAAUAAUGUCACUCUUGGAUCACGUGAAUCUCACUUGAAAAAUUGUGUGCUGGUCUCAAUAAAUGUAGAUCUAGGUCAUCUCUAUAAUGUUGAAUGUGUCGCUGAACGACCAAAUGAGAAAAAUAGUAGAGUCUAUAAUAAUCAGGUUUUAGCUUUCUUGCUCGUUGAGUGGCGUCAUGAUUUGUGUAAACAAAUAUUUUUUAGAGUUACUUUUUCAUGUGUUAACUAAAUAGUUCACUUGCCAACUUCAAAAAUAUCCGUAUAAAUGUUACUGUAAGUCACUGUAGUAUUAAAAUACUUCUGACAGCAAUAGAAAAAAAUUCUUGACUUGUUCCUCUGGUGCUCAUAAAUCCUUUAAGUUAGCAGUUCUGACUUCUGACAUCAUAAAAUAUCGUUUGCUGACACUUCUGACACUAUAAAUGCUGUUUGCUGACACUUCUGACACUAUAAAUGCUGUUUGCUGACACUUCUGACACUAUAAAUGCUGUUUGCUGACACUUCUGACACUAUAAAUGCUGUUUGCUGACACUUCUGACACCAAAAUGUCACUGUAUUAUUUUAUAUGUUAUGAAUGUGGCUGUAGUUAUCAAUGUAGGCGUGGUGGUGACAUUGGGUUCUUGUUACAAAUCACUGAAUAAUGAAAUGACGCUGGGUGUAGCAGAUACAAUAAGUUUAAUAUAACACCACAUAGUGAAUACACCAUACAAUUCGACCCAGGAAUGGUCAGUAUUAAUCCAACAGUAAUAUACGAAUAUCACAACUUAGUACUUAUUCUAUAACCAACUACUUUAAACAUCUAACUCUACUGCUUAUAUAUUAAGUGACUCAAUACAAGUGCUUGCUACCAGAUCUCUACGUGGACUGAGUGCCUUUAACUCUCUGGUUCACCUAAGGUCAAAAGUGUUCACCUUAGUGCCACAUGGGUUGUGAAUAAGAUUCACAAUAUGGAAUUAACAUACACAAUACAGAAUUAGGGUUUCUACUCUAUGGCACCAACUUUGAGGUGGUGACAAUGACAUUUUUUCAUUUUAAUCUUCUGUGAACUUCAAGCAAGCUCUUUUCUUUAGUAUUUAAUAUUUAUUGUUGCAAAUUGUUUGGGUUUUUAGAUUGCACACCGGUACAUCCUACAUUCUUAUCAAGUUUUUUUUUCUUUAUGGUUGCUAAAUGUUAUACCCGGUACAUAAUAUAUUAUUUUAUAAUGUAAUCUGGAUGGAAUAUACUAAAUAGCUAUUUUUAAAAGCUGCUAUACUAAAGUGUAAAUAACAUAUAUUUGCUAUUCAGUGAUUUUCUGAAUAAAUUUUUGUAAUUGAAUUUUUUUUCUUUCUUUUUUUGUAUUUUUGUAUAUAUCUCUAUCUGCCAAACGCUAAGGCUCUGAAACUACUUUUGGAACUUAUUUGAUAUUUGGCAUAAUUAUUCUGUACAUAUAUAUCUACAUAUGCAUGCAAAAACUUUUUGAUAUUUGCGUAAGUUGGAUUUUUGUUUGAAAUACUACUCUGUAAUACAAUUGCGUACAAUUUACGUUUUAUUAUCAAAAUUAGUUGCUAUACUUAUAUGAAAUUUAGAAUAUGCUCUUUACUAAAUAUAGCUAUUUUUAUUAUGUUUUCAGAUACUUAUUAUACUAACCUAUAAAUUACAUGCAUGUUAUCUAGUAUUUUCCUGACAAAAUUUUUGUAAUUGAAAUUUUUUUUUUUUUUUUUUUUCAUUUUCUUCUUUUUUUGUUUUUGUAUUAUACCUCUAUCUGCCAAACGCUAAGGCUCUGAAACUACUUGAGCUACAUACUUCAUAUUUGGCAUACUUUUUCUGUACAUAGAUAUCUACAAAUGCAUGCAAAAACUUUUUGAUAUCUCAAUAAGUAGAUUUUUUGUUUGAAAUAUUACUCUGUAAUACGAUUGUGUACAAUUUGCGUUUUAUUUUACCAAUUGGUUGCUAUAUUUAUAUGAAAUUUAGAAUAUGCCCUUUACUAAAUAUUGAUAUUUUUUUAAUGUUUUCAGAUAGUUAUUAUACCAACCUAUAAAUUACAUACCUGUUAUCUGGUAUUUUCCUGACAAAAUUUUUGUAAUUGAAAUUUUAUUUUGUUUUUUUGCAUUUUCUCCUUUUUUUGUUUUUGUAUUAUAUCUCUAUCUGCCAAACGCUAAGGCUCUGAAACUACUUGAGCUACAUACUUCAUACUUGGCAUACUUAUUCUGUACAUAGAUAUCUACAAACGCAUGCAGAAACUUUUUGAUAUUUGAAGUAGUUUUUUUGUUUUAGCGUUUCAAAGUUUAGAAUUAUGAAAUAUUUAUGUAUUUUUCAUGGUUGCAACACUAAAAAAAUCAUUAAAAAAAGACAAUAAAAGAUAACAAUAUUUCC